ACUUAAGAAUAUCGACGUGCCCAAACGAGACAACCUACACACGCUGUCUCACCUUCUCCGUUGCAGUCUCACUUGAAACGUACUCAUUCCAUUUACAAACAACAAAUCCACCAGCUACUGAUCAUUAACAUCUCACCCAAAGCAAAAAAAUACACCCUUUUGCCCUUUGCACUCUUCUUAUACGAAAAGAUCCUUCUUUUCCAUGUUCCAAACCCAACUGCCGAAGACCGUUUCUUGAACCAAAUUACUCCAAACCCCAAACCAAAAUCCCGAAAUGGUGGAGACAUUGCCGGUUGGGCGGUUUCAAUUACAACAACAAAGGCUGGAACUUAAGAGAUGGGUUCCGGCAUUCCUUUCUUCACAUAAAACUCUCUUUACUGUCCUCUGGAUCGCGGCUUUCGGUUCGGUUUUUUUAUGGCAACGGAAUAUUGUUGGUGCUGGGUUCCCAAUAUUCGGCAAAGCUGGGCCGGGUCGGCCUAUCCCCAAGAUGCGGCCUUUGGCGUUUAAUUUGACUGAUUUUGGUGGGGUAGGGGAUGGGGUCACGGUAAAUACGGCAGCUUUUGAGAGGGCUGUCUUGGCGAUCUCGAAGCAUGGGAAGAGAGGUGGUGCGCAGCUCAAUGUACCGCCUGGGAAGUGGCUUACGGCUCCGUUUAAUCUUACUAGUCAUAUGACUUUGUUUCUAGCUGAGGAUGCUGAGAUUCUUGGAAUCGAGGAUGAGAAGCAAUGGCCAUUAAUGCCUCCAUUGCCCUCAUACGGGUAUGGAAGAGAGCAUCAUGGACCUCGGUAUGGGAGUUUAAUCCACGGCCAAAACCUCAAAGAUGUUGUUAUAACUGGGUAUAAUGGUACCAUAAAUGGACAAGGUCAAUCAUGGUGGAAGAAAUAUCGCCAAAAGCUACUAAACCACACCAGGGGCCCACUUGUGGAGAUAAUGUGGUCUAGUGACAUUGUGAUCUCUAAUAUAACCUUACGUGAUUCUCCCUUUUGGACUUUUCAUCCAUAUGACUGCAAGAAUGUAACAGUGAGGAAUGUUACUAUCUUGGCUCCCAUAUUUGAAGCCCCAAAUACUGAUGGAAUUGAUCCUGAUUCGUGUGAGGAUGUGGUAAUCGAGGAUUGCUACAUAUCUGUUGGGGAUGAUGCAAUUGCAAUAAAGAGUGGCUGGGAUCAGUAUGGGAUAGCUUAUGGACGACCUUCAAAAAACAUUAUCAUUCGAAACCUCAUUGUCCGCUCUAUGGUCAGUGCUGGCGUAUCCAUUGGCAGUGAGAUGUCUGGUGGGGUAUCUAAUGUCACUGUGGAGAACAUCCUUGUCUGGAGUUCUCGGCGUGCAGUUCGAAUCAAAACUGCUGCUGGAAGAGGUGGAUAUGUUAAACAUAUAACCUACCGAAAUCUGACAUUUGAUAAUGCCCGAGUUGGAAUUGUUAUCAAGACAGACUACAAUGAGCACCCUGAUGAUGAUUUUGACCGAAAGGCCCUUCCAAUACUUGAGGACAUAAGCUUCACUGGGGUACAUGGUCAAGGAGUUCGUGUUCCUGUUCGUAUGCAUGGUAGUGAAGAUAUUCCUGUCAGAAACGUGACAUUUAGGGAUAUGUCUGUGGGGAUAACAUAUAAGAAGAAGCAUAUAUUCCAGUGUGCCUUUGUUGAAGGCCGCGUAAUAGGGACCAUCUUCCCUGCUCCUUGUGAGAACCUUGAUAGAUAUGAUGAAGAAGAAAGACUCGUGACGCGCUCUGCAUCGCAGAAUGUAACAGAUAUAGACUAUGACUUAUAAGAAGAUGGAGGUUCACCCUUCACAGUCUGCCUGCCAUUCUUCCUGGGAUCAUGUUUGCCUGUACGAGGUAAUUUUGCAAAACAAGGUUGUAGCAGAGGACAUGUUUAUUUCCUUUUGGUUCCCUUUUUAUAACUUGUUUGAUUCACGGAGUCUUGUACAGAAAAUUUAAAGUAGUUUAUACUUUUUCAUCAGCUAACUUAAAUUCAAAUUCAUAGUAUGCUUUUUACCUUACAUUUUUUGAAACGGAAAGGCUAUCGAAUCCAGAAAAUCACGGCAAGUUGAACGGUUACAUAGUAACAUACUGGACCACUGGCUUUAUGGUUCUGGCAGGCUAGUAGUUUCGAUUGAAUUUUUUUUUUUUUUUU